CGGCAGUCGCACUUCUGUUUUGAGCGCGAGGCUGACGGACGUACUUUACUCUUGUUGAGUUAAGCCAAGCACGGGUACGACCACUUGAGAGUAAAUAUAAAUAUAAAAAUAUCGCGUUUAGUAUAUCAACACAGUAUUACGGGAUUUCACUUUGAAUUUUACACAGAUUAUCCGACAAAACUGUCGAAAUGUGUCGAUUUUGGAUAUCCUUGAUGAUAUGCUUCUCUGUCUCCGUUAUGUUCGUCGGAGGUGAUAACAUAUCAGAACUCCCUCCUCCUCCGAAGAAUCUGAUUUUUAUAUGGGAAACACCUUUUCGGCUUAGUUUGACAUGGGAAAAGCCUGAUGAUCUGGAUCGUAGCUGUAUAGUGAACUACAUGGUAAAUGUGCAUCAUUCGCAGGAAUGUUCAGGAAAAUAUGAUUCCAGAAGAUUCCAUACCCUGGGCUAUAAAUUGCAUAUCUCCACUGAGAAUGGACUGUGCAUCAAUGUUACAACAAACCUUGAAAACUGUGGAAAAAGUGGCAGUAGUCAAGCGACGAACAUUAGCAUAGCUCCACCUUCAGUGAGGCUGGUGGAAAACAGAAACUACGAAUAUUCCCACAGCAAGAUGAAAUGCACUUGGAAUCCUGUUGUUGAUGUUGAAGACCUCAGUUUAUAUUACUGGCUACCUCGUUAUGAAUCAGUAAAAAAGUGUAUACCUGAUGAGACGUUGAAGCCCAGAGGAUGUAUCAUACACGAUGAAUUUCUCAAGGACACGUUGGACAUAUUCUAUCUGUUCAACGGCACUUACAAUGGUGCUUCCGUAAUCAACACGUUCACGGGUGAACGUCCAGUAAAAUACGUGAAACUAAACAAACCUCAACUUACAGUCCAUCAAGAGAGGCAAAAACUCAUUUUUCAAGCAAAUGGAUUAGAUUUAGAUGAGUUUGUAAAGGAAUGCUACAAUUACCAAUACACAAUCAACAUAUGCAAUAAGAAUUAUACUGUAGAGGAAAAAGAAAAGUCUCAGCACGAGGUGCAGUAUAACCCAGCCUGCAAGUACAGAGCCAGAGUGCAGGUCUUCUUCUCACAAAAGUGUGGUGCCGGGAGUAGUGAUCUGAGUGACGAGGUGGAAUAUGAACUCCCUCCUCCUCCGAAGAAUCUGAUUUUUAUAUGGGAAACACCUUUUCGGCUUAAUUUGACAUGGGAAAAGCCUGAUGAUCUGGAUCGUAGCUGUAUAGUGAACUACAUGGUAAAUGUGCAUCAUUCGCAGGAAUGUUCAGGAAAAUAUGAUUCCAGAAGAUUCCAAACCCUGGGCUGUAAAUUGAAUGUCUCCAAUGAGAAAGGACUGUGCAUCAGUGUUACAACAAACCUUGAAAACUGUGGAAAAAGCGGCAGUAGUCAAGCGACGAACAUUAGCAUAGCUCCACCUUCAGUGAGGCUGGUGGAAAACAGAAGCUACGAAUAUUCCCACAGCAAGAUGAAAUGCACUUGGAAUCCUGUUGUUGAUGUUGAAAACCUCAGUUUAUAUUACUGGCUACCUCGUUAUGAAUCAGUAAAAAAGUGUAUACCUGAUGAGACGUUGAAGCCCAGAGGAUGUAUCAUACACGAUGAAUUUCUCAAGGACACGUUGGACAUAUUCUAUCUGUUCAACGGCACUUACAAUGGUGCUUCCGUAAUCAACACGUUUACGGAUGAACGUCCAGUAAAAUACGUGAAACUAAACAAACCUCAACUUACAGUCCAUCAAGAGAGGCAAAAACUCAUUUUUCAAGCAAAUGGAUCAGAUUUAGAUGAGUUUGCAAAUGAAUGCUACAAUUACCAAUACACAAUCAACAUAUGCAAUAAGAAUUAUACUGUAAAGGACAAAGAACAUUAUGAGGUGCAGUAUAACCCAGCCUGCAAGUACAGAGCCAGAGUGCAGGUCAACUUCUCACAAAAAUGUGGUGCCGGGAGUAGUGAUCCGAGUGACGAGGUGGAAUAUGGUAUGACUGAAUAUUGCCAAGUCAAGUAGAUGACUUCAGGCCAGGACUCUAAUAAAUCAUAUGAAGUUUGGGGCAGAUCCGACAUUGUAUACCUGAGUUACAACAGCUUCCUGUUUCAUGGCGAAACACUGAACUUUGUCAGGCCGCCACGGACACGUCCUUUGGUGAAAAGUCUGGAUCUUCGCAAUUUAAUGACUUAAUAUGAUGUUGAUCUGAUUAAAGCUCUAAGAGGAGUUUGUUAAAGUACAACGUGUGGAAAUGGCAAAAAUUGCACAAAUUUUGUAAAGUUAAUUAAAAAUAUCUGACUUCC